AUGGCUAACAAAUAUUUUCAAUUGACGACAAAAGCUAUAAAAUCACUCGACAAGUUUUCUGAAUUUGUUCGCACUUGUCGCGUAAUAUCGGUAAAUGAGGGAACUGCAAAAGUUGAAAUGGAUGUAACCAAUGCGCACUUGAACUCAUCAGGACAGUUACAUGAGGGUUGUUUAGCUACACUCGUCGAUAUAGUUACAUCAAUUGCAAUACUGACCACUAACAUCGGUGACGCGGGCGUUUCGAUCAAUUUGAACAUGUCGUAUCCAAAUUGUGCCAAACUUGGUGACACGAUCGUUAUAAAUGGUGUUUUAUUGUCCAGUAACACCAAAUUGGCUCAUACUCGUGCCGAAAUUCAUCGAAAAAGCGAUCAUUUGCUAAUCGCUUAUGGACAACACACGAAGGCUUUUCCCAAGAAGUCUUGA